GAUGCACAGUCCACCAGGUCAACCACAAGAAUAGCACAACAGCAGUAGCAGCCCAUCAGACACUUGCUCAAGCCUUCGGCAAACAGCUUAUCCACACUGAGGCCAUUGCCUUGAUGUCGUAAUCAGUCAAAAGUUGAUAUAAAACGGCUCUCUGCAGGCAAACUUGCACCUUAGGCUUAUCAUUUUGAUUGCACUGUUUUGGAAGUGCGACAGUGCGGCAUCGAUUUUCAUUGGAAUUGUGCCCUUCUAAUUAAAUAACUGUGUUAUCAGUUAAUUAUCAGGUGUUGACGGGAAAUCGGUAUAAAUAUAUGAGGGAUUAUCAUUGGCUAUGAAGUUUGUAAAAAGAUUUUUGAUUGUCAACAAUGUCAACCAAGGAAGCUGUUGCAGAUUCUGCAUUAAUUGAUGAAAAAACCAACCAUUCAAUCGAGGAUGCUCAUACUUCGUCUAGUUUAGAGGAGCUUUAUAAUUACGAUGAUCCUUUAAACUAUUCGACCAAAUACGUUGACGAGUAUAAUCCUCAAGGUCUUAGAAAACCGACUGAAGAUGAAAAAAAAAACUUGAGAAGAGUUUUGGGCCGUGCUAGUUAUGCGGUUUAUCUUAUUUGUUUGGUUGAAUUAGCAGAAAGAGCUUCUUAUUAUUCGGUUCAAGGUCUUUUGGCUAAUUUUAUUCAAAGACCUUUACCUCCAGGAUCAACUACCGGUGCUCCAGUCAGUAAGUCUGAUAGUCAAAGUGCCGGUGCUUUAGGUUUAGGUACUCAAGUUGCUUCUGCUUUAACCUUAUUACUUCAAUUUCUUGCUUAUACUGUUCCAAUUUAUGGUGGUUUUGUUGCUGACGCUCAAAUUGGGAAAUUAAAGGCUAUUUGGAUUGGUGUUUUCGCUGGGUUUGUUUCUCAUAUUUUGUUCAUUAUUGCUGCUAUUCCUUCAGUCAUUGCUGGUGGUCAUGGGGUUGUUCCAACUGCUUUAGGUAUUAUUACUCUUGCGUUUGGUACUGGGUUUAUCAAGCCUAAUUUAUUACCUCUUUUAAUGGAUCAAUACCCUUUCCAAACUGAUAUGGUUAAAGUAUUACCUUCUGGUGAAAAGAUCAUUUUGGAUCGUCAAAAAUCUUUAGAAAGAAUGACUUUGGUUUUCUAUUGGGCAAUUAAUAUUGGUGCUUUUUUCCAAUUAGCAUCUUCUUAUAUCGCUAGAAGAAUGAGUUUUUGGUUUGCCUUUUUCAUUCCAACAAUUGUUUAUUUAUUUUUACCAGUUAUUUUAUUUGUUUUGCAACCUCGUUUAGUUAAAGAACAUCCUCAAGGUUCAGUUUUAAUCAAUUCUUGGAGAAUUUUUAAAACUAGUUUCAGUGGUAAUUUCUUGAAAAGACAUUUAAAUGGUAGCUUUUGGGAAUAUGCCCGUCCUUCAGAAAUGAUCAAGAGAGGUAGAAAAUUCUAUAAUAUGAAGAAAGAAACCGCAAUUAGUUGGGAUGAUCAAUGGGUUUUGGAUAUUAAGCAAACUGUUAAUGCUUGUAAGAUUUUUAUUUAUUAUCCAAUUUAUAAUUUAGCUGAUACUGGUAUUGGUUCCAUUGAAACUAAUCAAGCAGGUUCAAUGAGAACUGAUGGGGUUCCAAAUGAUUUAUUCAAUAAUUUCAACCCUUUAACUAUCAUUAUUCUUAUUCCAAUUUUAGAUUACAUCAUUUAUCCAACCUUACGUCGUUAUAAGAUUGAUUUUAAACCAGUUUACAGAAUUGUUUUUGGUUUUACUUUAGCUGCUUUAUCUCAAGUUGCUGGUGCAGCUAUUCAAUAUAGAAUUUAUACUUUAUCUCCUUGUGGAUAUCAUGCUUCUGAAGGUGGUUCUUGUGUUGCUGAUAUCACUGCCUGGCAAGAAGUUUCAGUUUAUAUUUUAUCGGCUGCAAGUGAAUGUUUUGCGAUGACCACUGGUUAUGAACUUGCUUAUACUAGAUCACCUCCUCAUAUGAAAGGUUUAGUUAUGGCUCUUUUCCUUUUCACAAGUGCUAUCCUGGCUGCCAUUGGUGAAGCUUUAACUCCAGUUUUACUUGAUCCUCAUUUGAUUUGGCCUUUUGCUGGUAUUGCAAUUGCUACUUUUGUCUGUGGUCUCUUAUUCCUUUACCAAUUUAGAAACUUACAUAAGGAAAUGGAAGAAGAAAGAAUCUUUAGAGAGCAAUUGGACCGUUCCAAAGAUGAAGAAGAACUUAAUGCUCAAAAUAUCGGUCCUACUGCCAUAACCGAUGAUCAUAACUUAGAAGCCGUUACUUCUAUCAAAAGUGCCGUUGGUAGAUGAUUGUGUAUAAUAACUGUAAUAUAUUUAUUUUUUGUAUUACGAAGAUGUAGCUGAAAAA